AUGGUAGCUGAAGAAGACAAUGCAUCUAGAACAAACCAAGAAGUAGAACAUUCACCCCUCGAAGAACAAUGUGAAAAUAAUUUACUUAAAGAAAAUGCUGACGGAAAAAUGACUACAAAUGCAGAUGAUAUAUUUGAAGUAUUUAAGAAUGGCGAAGUUGGUGAAGCUGAACUUUUGGUUGAAAAGUAUGGUUUGGAGUAUUUGUCUGUAAGAGAUUGCCAUGGCUACACACCAGCACACUGGGUUGCCUUAAAUGGAAACGUUGAUAUGAUGCGCUUUUUGAUUGAAUGUAACGCUCCUAUUGACUUGCCUUGCUUGGGAAUUCAAGGUCCUCGUCCAAUUCACUGGGCAUGUAGGAAAGGUUAUGCUGAUGUGGUUCAAGUUCUUUUGCAGACUGGAGUGGGAGUAAAUGUUGCUGAUUUCAAAGGAUUAACACCCUUGAUGACAGCUUGUAUGUAUGGCCGGACAGCAACAGCAUCAUUUCUGUUAGGAAUGGGAGCAUUAAAUCACCUGACUGAUAUAAAUGGGGAUACAGCCCUUCAUUGGGCUGCUUAUAAAGGACAUGCUGAUUUGAUGAGGCUUCUUAUGUAUAGUGGCGUCGAGCUGCAAAAAACUGAUAAUUUUGGGUCUACUCCCUUACAUUUGGCUUGUUUAUCAGGUAACACCACUUGUGUUCGUCUUCUUUGUGAGAAAAAUAGUUUGGACUUAGAUCCAAAAGAUAAAAAUGGAAAAACUCCAAUAAUGCUUGCUCAAUCUCACCGGCAUCACGAGAUUGUUAAAAUAUUAUACAAUGAGAUAAAAAAGAAAUCUCGAUGGAUUCCAUCAGUAUCUGAGAUAUGGGGGAUGCUAUUUGGAGGAGCUGGAGACACUAAGGGACCUCUGUUGAUGUUCCUUUUUUCGGUACUUCUGUGGGGAUAUCCUAUGUAUAUGAUAAGGGUUAAAUGCUGUAAUGCCAAAAGGCGUUUAACUCGGGCGGCAGCAUUUUCUGUAGAGACAAUUGACGAAUCUACACCGAUAGAAAUGCUUGAAAUUCGGUUUGGUAAAUUAGAAACCACGUGGACAGAAUUUUCUGCAUGUCAUAAUGAGAUUCUCGAACAAACCGAAGAAACGGAAGUUGAUGAAAUCGAAAAUGAAUUUUCGGCAUUCGAAACAAAAUAUUUUGUAACGAAUUCUCAAAUUGUCAAAGCUAUCAGCGAAAGAGUUAAUUCCGAUGAAUUUCCAGCAAUCUAA